AUGCUUUUAAGAUCCUUAUUUAAUCAAAUUAAAAUUAUAUUUAUCAAAAAAAAUGGUGUGUUUAAUUCAAAUAUUAUACAAAGUAAACAAAUUGAAAAAAAAAAUUUUUCUUCAACAAAUAGAUAUAAAAUAAAGCAAAAUGAAAAGAAUAAUUAUAUAAAGGAAAAUUUUAUUCAACUAAAAAAUUCGGAUAGUAUUAGCAAGUUUGAAAAAAAUGGCAUAAUGAAAAUAAGCAAUUGGCCCAAAAAGAAAAUUUCAAAAAAAAAAAAUGAACUAUACUUGCUAUUGAAUAAAAAAAAUAAUAAAAAUAUAAAUUAUCAUGAAUUAAAUAUUAUAAUAACAAAAAAAAUAGUGAAUAUGAGAAACAUCAAUGAAGUAUAUAAAUAUAUUUAUUAUAAUAAAGAUAUUUUGGUGCCUAUUAAUUAUGUUGUAUGCAUUUAUAAGAUAUAUAAGUUAAUAAAAAACAAUAAUUAUAAAAUAGUAAAUUAUAGUUUAUAUAUUAAUAAUAAUAUUAUGAAUAUAAAUAGUGAAGAACUAAAUAGUAUUGCUAAUGUCAAUGAAUUAAAUGAUUAUAACGAAUUAUAUCUAAACAUCAACAAAAAAAAAAAAGAUAGCAAAAAAGUAGAAAAUAAUAAAGAACGUAUUAAUUUGAAUAGAGGAAAAAUAAAUAUGUAUAACAAUAGUUAUUCAACUAAUGGCUUUGUUUUAGAUUAUAAUAAUGAUAUAUUACAAUAUGUAUUAGAAAAAAUAAAUAAAAAUUAUUUUAUAAAAAAAUUAACUUAUAGACAUGUAUCAAAUUUGUUAUUUUCUUUAGUUAAUAUAAAAUAUUAUAAUAUAAUCACAUAUUUAGUUUAUUUAAAAUAUAUAAAUAAUAUGUAUGUCUAUUUAUCUUCUCAGUCUAUAUCCAAUAUAAUAUAUGCUUAUUCUAUAAUUUGCAAUUUUUAUUCUAUAGAUUUUACUACAAAUUAUAAAAAUUAUGUAUAUAAAUAUUACUUAUUUGAUAAUAAAUUAAAGGAAAAUCUGAAAAAAGAUUAUUUAAAUUUCAUGUUUUUAUUACUUAGCCGAUAUAUGUGCAUUUUUGUAGUAAAGUAUUUCAACAAUAAUUUUUCUUCACAAUACGAUGUAAACAGUUUUUAUAAUGGAGUUUUAUCCAAUUUUGAAGAAUUCAAUGAAAAGGAAAAAAAAAAUAAAGUUAAUGAAGAAAUGAAAUAUGAAAGUAAAAAAAUGCUACAAGAAUUUUUUGUUUUCAUGUGGAGUAUGUCAAAAAUUAAAAUAAAUAAUAUAUACAUUGAUAUAUUGUAUUACAUAAUUUAUAAAAACAGAAAACAUAUAUAUAUGAAAUUAAAUGAAAAAGAUAUAUGUAAUUUAAUUCAAUCUAUGAGUAUAUAUUAUCCAAUUAAAAAAAUAAGUGAAAGCAAAAAGUGUAACAUAAAUUAUAAAAUUUCAUUAAAAAAAGAUGAAUAUUUCUUUUUUGAUUAUGAUGAAUUUUUAAAAAAUACGUUACUUUUAACUAUAAUACAUUUAAAAAAAUACAAUUAUCAUCAUUAUUCAAUAAUUUUUAAAAGUAUUCAAAUUUUUCAAAAUUUUCUUUCAAUGAAUAAUGAAAAAAAAAACGUAGAUGCUUUUUAUUGGAUUGAUGAAUAUGAUACAUCAAGUGAAAAUAAUUUUUUAGUUUUUAAAAAGGAAAUAGGCAAAAAAAAAAAAGAAGAGGUAUAUAAAGCAAUAUGUGAAAAUGAUAUAAUAAAAAAUAAUAAAAAAGACAUUAAUAAUAAUAUAUUAAGUAGUUUAGAUAAUAAUAAUAAUAAUAAUAAUUACAAGCCGAAUUUGAAAAACUUCAAUUUUUUUUCAAAAAAAAGCAUAAAUGAAAAUGACAAUUUUAAAAAGAAAUUUGAUAUUUUAAAUUUAAAAGAAUAUUCAUUAGAAAGUACUAAUAUAUAUUCAAUUAGAAAUAUUUUAAAAAAGUUAACAACAUUGGUUAUAAAAAAUUUAAUAGUUCAAAUAAAAAAUGAAAAUAACAAUAAACAUAACAGUAGUAGCUGUUCCAAAUAUAGUUCUUCCUUAAAUUUACAGUACAUUUCCGUAUAUUUAUAUAAUUUAUCUCAUAUGAACAUGGCUUAUAUAAGUAACGAUUUAAAACUAGAAUUAUGUAAUUUAAUUAUUUGUAUAUUACAGAAAAAAAUGAAUUUUGUUUUUACUUUUGAUGAAAAAAAUAUAGAUUUAAAGAUGAUAGAUGCUUUUUUGCAAAAUAAUUAUGACAACAUAGUUUGCUUAAGUAAUAUUAAUUAUUCUUUAAAUAAAAAUGGUAUUAUUAACGAAUACAUAAUUUUGUGUUCAUCUUUGUAUUUUUAUAAGUUGUAUCACUUAUUUUAUAAAAUAUACAAAAAUACAUUAAAUGAAAUUCCUUUUUUUAACUAUCUUAAAAAAAUUAAUGAGAGGAUACUAUCGAUUUAUAAUUGGACCUUUUCACAUACAAAUAUUUCAUUUAUUCCUUUAUUUAGUUUAAUAAAUUAUAAUUAUUUGUUUAUUUUAUAUAAAAAUGAAAACAAAAACAUCUUUUUAUUUUUAAAAAAAAUAUUAUUACCAAUAACAUUAUAUAAUAAUAUUACUAUAAAUCAAUUACGCUUAAUUUUAAAACUUUUAAUUAAUUAUUAUAUUUCCGAGUUCAAUGAAUAUACAUAUUUAAGUUAUGAUUAUCAUGAUGAUAUGUUAUCUUGUUUGUAUAGCUUGUGCUUAAUAAUAACAAAUGUAUCACAUAAUUUGAAUAAAGAAUGUAGUGUAGAUAAAAAGAAUUUAAUAAUAAAUCAUGGAGAAUAUUAUUAUUAUGUCAAUUUUUAUAUAAAUAUUACUAUUGAUUUAUUAAAAAGUUACUUUUAUAAGUUAUAUUGUGUAGAUUCUUCUAAUAUACAAAGAUAUUUCUUAACAGGCAUUAAUGAGGAUUUAAUAAUGAAAUUUUAUACUUUAUAUUUAUUCUUGAAAUUUAAUAUUAAUAACAAGUUUAUAUAUAAUAGAAACUAUGUAAAAAAAUUCCUAAAUAAUACUGUACUAGAUAAGAAGGAUUUUUUUUAUCAGGAAAACUUUUUGUCAAACUUGUCAGAAUUGACAAAAGGUUAUGAAACUAUCACUAAUGAAACUAACGAAAAUAAAUUAUCUUCAGAAAAUAGCAAUGUAGAAACUACAGAAAAAGAUAUUUUAAAAAGUGAUAAAAUAGUUAAUGAAAAAUACACUGAAAAAAAAAGUUUCAAUGCACAUAACUCUCAAAAAAUUGUUGAAAUUGAAAUCUCUAUGUAUGUGAAUAAUAUUCAGAAUAAAAAUUAUAUACCAAAGAAAAAUUUUGAAAUUUUUUAUUUAUUACAAAACAACUUGCAUUUUAGUGAACUAAAAAUUAACAAAAAUAAUUUAACGUUUUUAAAAAAGAACAAUGUUCCUUUAAAUAUAUUAGAUGGAAUUGAUACAUACAUGAACAAAAUUGAAGAAAAAAUUUUUUUAAUGUUUACACAAAUAAAAAGUUCAAAAUCUCAUAUGAAAUUAUAUGAAUAUAUAAAGUAUAUUUUAGAAAAAAAAAAUGGGAAAGGUACUUCAAAUAUAAAAAAUGAAUACAUAAUUAAAAAAGAUAAUUUUAAUUUUAUUGUCGAUAUUUAUGAUGAAAACACAAAUACAAUAUUUGAAAUAGAUGGAAAUAGUCAUUAUACAAAACAAUAUUCAUUAAAUAAAAAAAAUAAACCUUUAAACUUUUUUUAUAAUUAUAAGUCAUAUUACAUUUUUAAGCAUUUAUUAUUAAGUAAAUACUACAACAUAGUUCAUUUGCCAUUACAUGAUAAUAAAUUAUGUAAGAAAAUUAUUUAUAAUUACUAUAAUAACAAUACAAUCCUUUAA